CGUUACGUCCGCUACUGCAACUCUUAAAAAUGGCCCAUGGCAAGCCCCAGCCCCUCUCCUGCCAGUGCUGCACUCAGCGCCUCACCCUGAAACUGAAUGUCCUCUAUUGUCUUGCCGUUGAGAGGGAAGUGCAUCCAAGUCAUUGACAGCCAGCGCUGUCAGUGUCCAUGGUUCUUCCCUUCCGAGUCGCCCCCGCUAGACAAGAACAUCUGUGGUGUGUGUGGACAUGGUAUUCAAGCGCACGUCGACUACGUUUCAAUGGUAGUGCAUCACUGCCCUGCGAUGAAUUGUGCUGCGUAUUUUCCUAAGACGGCCCGGAUACAAGCAUGCACAUGCUCGGCAUCUCUCAUCGAUCAUAUACCUGUCGUGAACGUGUAUCGCGAUUCGCCUACGCCUCUUCCCUAUGGGGCGGAUGUAUCCGUCUAUGACAAUGGCAUCCCUUCCAAUGUCAACACAUUCAACGGCGACCCGACGAGCAUCCCAUUCACUCCAAUGCUUAGGCCGUCUCCCUCCACUAAUGCUAAUCCAUGCUACCCCUACGGCAACGCAGUCAUCGCACCUACCCCGCUGCCUGUUAUCACUCAGCUUGACACUCAUUCGAACUCGGAAGUGGGGGGCUCUUACGGUGCUCAAUACCGGGACGGUACCUCCAGCGUUAACGUGCAGGACCCGAGCGCGAGAUUUCGCGAGGAUUAUUUGACUAUAUCUUACAACGAGGUGCAUGGCACGGGAUCCUGGGCAGGUCAACUUGAGUAAGGAUCCGUGAAACAAUUUUAUCGUUCAUCUCUGCUUCCUUCAUCGUUCAGUGUAUAAAUUACCGCGUCAUGGAAACGCCUGUAAACACAACAUGUAUGUACAUUUUGGACAUCGUCUCGUCUUUCUUCUGCUUAGGGUACCCGUCUGUCAUGUUUAUCGUUUUGCUCUGCUCUGAAAUCAUAUGCAUUUUAUUAUUUGAAUAAACGCGUUCAAGACCACAUAUAUCUUAAAAUAUUCUUGCUACGAGGCGGAAAUCGCUUCAAGUAGCUUGGGCAGUCGCUAGAUGUAUCUUUCGGAGGAGCUGGGUAUGCUAACCUCGAAGCCCCCGCUCCACCUUUUCAGCCUCUAUCACACGAAAACCCGGUCAAAUCCUGAUGGA